GGUGCCUGCUUACCCUAAUGAGCUUAAAGUCUUAUUUGUAGUAGACAUCUGUCAAUACAGAAGUGAGGCAUUCAAGUCCUCUUAAUCCACUAGCUCUAAAUCCAGCAGAGCUUUCACACUCCUUUUUUGAAUCAAAGAAGAAAACCUGAGUGGAAACAUACGAUGGAACAGCACAGCUUCAAGACCAGAUCCUGGGCAGGAAGCACGUGAAAUUUCAAGGCAAACAACAAAAGACAGACAACAAAACUGGGAUUGUGAUGGAAAACUUUUGAGGAAAAGGACAGUCUGCAGUUCAGGAUGAGACAGUGAGUUUAAUUCUUUGUUUUAUUUUCCCUAGUUCAUCUGGAUUUUUAAUCUAAAAUACAGCCAAAGACAGAGAAAGGAUGGGCUGCACACCAUCUCACAGCGAGAUUGUUAAUACUCUUGCAAGAAAUGGUUUUAAGGCUUUGAAUAAACCCAAAGGUAUUUUGCGUAUUGAUCCAGCAGAUAAAGGAAUCCCACUGCUAGUUAAAGGUUCAUCUUGCUACAAUAUUGAUGAAUUCUACCAAUACAAAAUUCAGAGGAACAGCUGCCUGGCAGAAACUGAGGAGAAACUGUCUGAGCAGGAAAAAAGUGAUUAUUUGCAGUUUUCUUCCAAAUCUCAUUCAGAUCCUCACAUUUCCAGGGAAGACAACAUAAUUGAGAGGAAAGCCCCAGAGGCUGAAGUUAUGUCCAAAUUGAUUGAGUCUCAAAAACACAUCAUUGAGGCCGUACAGAUCAGAAAGCAAAGCUCAUGUGAAUCAGAAGCAUCAGCUUCCAUUUGUGAUAAUAAGAAUGAAAGCAAUGCAAAGCAAAUCCUAAAGAAAGGAAGGAAGCCAAAAAAUCAUAAAUUAGCUAAGCAAGGUCGACCUAGCAAAAUUAAAAAAAAGUCAAUUUUGUCCCCAUGCGAGAUAGAGAAAAAGGUAGAUUUCCCAGAACUGCUUGUUAAGGCUCAUCAGAAUGCAUAUGCCUACUUAAAUCCAAACCUCUCCAAGUAUGAAGCUAUACUUCAUAUGGCCAACCAGGCUGCCCAAACUCAGCUCUUCCUACAGCAGAUGGUAAGCUUCCUCAUGCUUCGCUUUGAUGAAAUCAACCAGCUUUUGGAAGAAAUUGCUAAUGAUGGGGAAAAUCUUCUCAAAGAUGUGGGUAGAUAUCUGGCAUGGCCAUCAGGAAAAGAUGAUUUGAAGGAGCACCCUGAUCUUCUGCAACAACUACUUCAGUACACAAUUAAUAAAAUGCAGUUAGUGAGUGGAACACUGGCCUCUGUCACUUCCGACGCCCUGCAGGAAACCUGCAGCUACCUGCAGUCUGCUGCAAGCAACUUGGAAGGAAAACUGAAAGCAAAGCAAAGCUAUGAUGAGCGCCUGUUUCGGGCAGUAAGGCUGCUUGAAGCCUCAACCAUGGGAAGCUCUCAGUCCCAUGGCGAUGACAGGACUCUCUAUUCUGAGGACAGUGGCAUUGGUGUGGACAGCGAGUCCCUCAAAGACUUCAGUCCUUUCAGCCAGCUUGGAGCACAAGCAAGCUGUGAGUCCUGUGCACGUGGCCUCGUGUCCCAAAACCACACCAGAACAAUGGAGCACACGCAUAAUGGGGCAAUGUCAGCAGGCACAGCCACAUCCUAUGGCUGUGCACUUGAAUGGCAUUUUAAAGAUACAUUUUAUUCACCUGUACAGAACAGAGGAGAAACUUCUUGUCAGGGUGGAGUACCAGAAGGUCUUUCCAAGGCAGCAAAAUAUGCAAACCUGAGCAAAAGCCACUCCAGUAACUCCUUCCAGUCUGAUUCUACACAGGAAGGUGAACAUUUUGAAUCAACAGAUUUUCCUUCAGAUGAUGAUGAAGGGAGCACCCUGGGGGAGGAUGAUGACAAUGCAAGUUUAUCAGAAAUGGGUAAGGAUGCCCUGCCAAAGAGGCCCCAGUCUUCACCUGCAGUCACCGAUAACACACAAAGACAGUCGACCACCAAAAGGACGGAGAAUGCGGAGACAGAGGAAAUGAUUCUGAAGAUGAAAGAUGCCAUCAGUGAAAAAAUCAAGUUUGUCCCAGCUAAAUCUGGGCGUAAAGAAUGGGUGGAGGAUGAGAGUGGAACAGCAGUCCUAACAGCAAGGCCCAGUACAGCAAUGGGAAGGCAGAAGGCCUCUGGGAAACAACAGCGGUCCAGAUCGGAGGAGUCCCUCAGAAGCCAGGCAGAGGACCCAACCCUCCUAGAGCUUCAGAGAACUCAAAAGGAGCUCAGCAAAAGGCUAGACAUGUUUUAUGGAAAGAUGGAUACAGAUAACAACCAAGAGCCUCGGAAAGUGAGAACAACACGUUACUUUCAGGAUGAGCAAAUUACAUCUAGGUCCUCUAGCAAACUUAAGGCAUGCCUCUCAAAAAAUUUCAGCAUCCUGCCUAACCAGGAUAAAGUCCCUUUGUACAUGGUUGAUCAAAAUCCUGCCAAUCAGCUGGAUGAAAAGAGAUGCAAGAAGCCUGUCAGAGCUACUGUGCCCACCCAGGAGACAUCGGGGAGCAAAGACGACAAGACUUCUGCAACACAAAUACUCGGUGGCAGCAGUUGUGCCCCCCGCCAAUCUGUCAAAAAGCUUAUUGAAACGUUCAGUCCAACUGAUGAUCUUGAAAAAGCCACACCUUUAAGGUCUUUAGGGCCAAUUAAGUGCGUCAGAAAAUUUGGACUUCCAGUCAUCCCACCCACCAUUCCAUUUCAGAGGGGGUUGGUGCCUUUAAAUAUUAAGCACCGUAUUUCACCAGUAGAAGACACAAGCCUUUCAAACACCACUGGAGUUUGUUCUAACUUUCCAAAUGCCUUUCCUCCUGUACCAGCUGCAGAAUUAAGCAAGGACAUAAAGGAAGAAACUGAUGUAGACACUGAGAACCUGCCACCACCACCCCCUGAAAUGCUAAUGGACACUUCUUUUGAAUUCUCUGAGCCUGAAGAAACAGCAAGAAUAGGAGAAAACUCUUCGGAAUAUGCCAAAAAGCCUGCCAAAACAGAAUUUAAUGCUACUAAGAGAGCACAAGUCUCCCCAAAAAUGAAAGCCUCCCUCCAGUCCAUUGACUUAUUACCAAGUAAAAGCAUCAGCCCCAGCGCAGUUGCUAACAAAGUUCAAAGGAAUAGCGGACCCAGGGAUGAGAAACUGCAGAUAUACUCUCUGGAGCUGAACCCUACCAACAUGCACAUCCCUAGCCAGGAGGAGAUAUUAGCAACCCAGAGAAAAGAAGCUGCAGAUUUGUACAAGCAAACACAUAAAAUUAUUCCUCUUCAAAAUCCCAGUGGGGUUUCAAAACCACAUGACAAUAGCUCAGAGAGCAAAGAGCCCAAUUCACCUGCUACUUCAGUGCCAUAUCAGAAGCAUGGUUCUCCUGACUCAACGAGGAGAAAUGAAAAAGGCUCAUCAUUCAACAGGAGGGUCUCCCCAGCAAGAACUCCCCCUUCUUCUCCACCAACUGAGAAACAGCUUUUCAGCCCCCCGGUACAACACAGACGCGCUCUGCAGGCUUUUAACAGCCAGCAGCUGAGCUCACCAACCAUGCAGAGGAAACCCAGUCCCCCUGCCAGCCCCAGGGCACCCAGCCCACCCCGGGGGCCCAGCCCACCCCUACAGAAGAAGCUGCCCUCUCCACCAGCCCAGCGGAAACUGCUCAGCCCUCCUGCGGAGCACAAGCAAAGUUCACCAACACCACACCGGCUGCCAGGCUCCCCAGUCUGCCACCGAGAAGCAAGCCCCACUCCAUUCCUCACUGCCCCAUCCCCACCAACCUCCCCAUCCCGCUCCUACAAGGGAUCAAAAGCUGGUCUGGAUGCUGGGGAUGAGUACCAGCCUGCCUCCUCCAAGAAGGGCAGCAAUGUACGUUCAAUAUUUUGCCCAGCUACUUCUUCCUUAUUUGAAGCAAGACCUCCACCAGCACCCAGCAAACCCACAGUGGAAGUCACCAAACAGACUGAAGCUUCAUCACCUGCCCAAAAGAGCAGUCUGCUACUCCAGCAGCCUGUAGACCGAACCAGAAAGCUGUCUCUGAGCGCUGCCAAUCCUCAGCCAUUUGUGAGGAGAAGUUUCUCUGACCGCAGACCAGGGGUUCGGUUUUAUCUUCCAGCUCCCGUAACAGCUGGCAGCGAACCUGCUCUUAACCAAGCAAGUGUGGAGGAGAGCCCUGGAAAAGCAGGCGACUGUUGGAGCAGCCCUUGUGCCCCUGAAAUCAAGGAGUCCAACAGAUCCACUUCCCACCCUGAGCUCUACGUCGUGGGCCAGGGGCUGCAGAGGGACUGACAGCAGAAACGUUUGGGCAGGAGGAAGCACAAGCAAGGCCAGAGGCUCUGGAGGGAGGAAGCAGCUUUACCCAAGCCUCUAAAACACAACUUAUUCACAAGGAAGCAAUAUGAUGGCAUCACAUCUAAAAACACAAACUGCUCCCAACAGUCCGAGGAAAUAUCAGUAGCCAGAUGCUUCUCCUUUUGAUUGCAUUUUAGGUUUAAUUCAAAGUUUUACAAUUAGCAACAGAAAUACUUUCCAAUUCUGCAAGUCUGAGGCAAAUUGAUUCCAUGAAGGCAGGACCUGAAGCCAAGUCCUUUGUUUCACCAUUUAGCUAAAGGAGUUUAAAAACUUUCAGAAAUGAUCAUUAUUUGACAUGUCAUUUAUUCAGGAGGCAUCACAGCUUUGGUUGUGUAAAAAAGUGACUGAUGUGACCUUUCCCUGGGUAAAAUCCUGGACCAAUUGUAUUCUAUUGCAAAAA